AUGAUUCACAAUUUUCAGGCACAGAAUAAUCUUGAUAUCCAAAAAAGACAAGACUCUCUCAAUUUUAUUUCUCAAAUAUUCCUCAUUUUCCCCAUUUUUGUCUCCAUGCUUAAGUAUGAAAAACCCCCGUCUCAAGUGCACUCCCAAACUCCCACCACCAACAUCAUGUUCUCCACUGCUCGUUCAGAUACCCUCUUCCUAGGGGGCGAGAAGGUUUCUGGAGAUGAUGUCCGUAACCAAAACGUUAUGGCUGCGCUCUCUGUCGCCAACGUGGUCAAGUCAUCGUUGGGCCCAGUUGGUCUCGACAAGAUGCUUGUAGAUGACAUUGGAGACGUCACCGUUACCAACGAUGGUGCCACCAUUUUGUCUUUGUUGGAUGUGCAACACCCUGCCGGUAAGAUUUUGGUCGAAUUGGCCCAGCAACAGGAUAGAGAAGUAGGUGAUGGAACCACGUCCGUGGUGAUCAUUGCCAGUGAGCUUUUGAAGAGAGCCAACGAGUUGGUGAAAAACAAGAUCCAUCCUACCACCAUCAUUACUGGUUACAGACUCGCGUUGAAGGAGGCAGUUCGCUACAUCAACGAAGUCCUCUCUCAAAGUGUCCAUGAGUUGGGCAAGGAGACGAUGGUCAAUAUCGCAAAGACCUCUAUGCUGUCCAAGAUUAUCGGAUCUGACUCAGACUUUUUUGCUCGGAUGGUCGUGGAUGCCAUGUUGGCUGUCAAAACCACCAACCCUAAGGGUGAGGUCAAGUAUCCUGUCAAGGCUGUGAACAUUUUGAAGGCACACGGUAAGUCUUCUCUCGAAUCCAUGUUGGUCAAUGGUUACGCGCUCAACUGUACUGUUGCUUCGCAGGCCAUGGUCAAGUGCGUGAAGAAUGCUCGUAUUGCUUGUUUGGACAUGAACUUGCAGAAAGCACGUAUGGCCAUGGGUGUUCAGAUCAACAUCGACGACCCUGACCAAUUAGAAGAGAUCAGAAAGAGAGAGUACGGCAUUAUCAUCGAGAGAAUCCGUAAAAUCAUCAACGCUGGCGCAAAUGUCAUUCUCACAACGAAGGGUAUCGAUGACUUGUGUUUGAAAGAAUUUGUCGAGGUUGGCGCUAUGGCUGUCAGAAGAUGUAAGAAAGAAGACUUGCGUCGUAUUGCCCGCGCUACUGGCGCUACUCUUGUCGGUACCUUGGCAAAUUUGGACGGCGAGGAGACGUUCGAGGCCUCGUGCUUGGGACAAGCCGAAGAGGUCGUCCAGACUAAGAUCAGUGAUGACGAAUGUAUUUUGGUGAAGGGCACUAAGCAACAUAGCUCAUCCUCUAUCAUUUUGAGAGGUCCUAACGACUACUCCUUGGACGAGAUGGAAAGAUCUAUUCAUGACUCUUUGAGUGUGGUCAAGCGUACCUUGGAAAGCGGCAAUAUUGUGCCAGGAGGAGGUGCUGUUGAAACUGCUCUUAAUAUUUACUUGGAAAGAUUCGCCACGACUGUUGGAUCGAGAGAACAAAUGGCUAUCGCUGAGUUCGCUAACGCAUUACUUAUCAUUCCUAAGACUCUAGCUAUCAAUGCCGCUAAAGACUCUUCCGAGUUGAUUGCCAAGUUGAGAUCAUAUCAUGCUGCAUCCCAGACGGCUUUGAAAGAUGACUUGAAACGUAAGAAGUACAAGAACUAUGGAUUUGACUUGAUCAAUGGCAAAGUUGUUAACGAGAUCACAACCGGUGUUUUAGAGCCUACGGUGUCUAAGAUCAAAUCCUUAAAGUCCGCUUUGGAGGCCUGUAUCUCGAUUUUGAGAAUUGACACAAUGAUCACCGUUGAGCCUGAGCCAGAGAAGGAGCAGCAUGAUCACUAA